AUUAAGGACAAUCCGCUGUCGGUCCUUGGCAAUACGAUGAACGAGACGCAAGAGACUGAACAUAUCAAUUCUGCAGGAUCACGCUGUCCAUGCCGUCCUGUCCAACGUAGAUCGCACAAGAAGUCCCGAAAUGGCUGCCAAACUUGCAAGAAGCGAAGGAUUAAGUGUGACGAGAACAAACCGGUUUGCAAAAAUUGCGCUCAUCUCUCGUUCUCCUGCAGUUUUGAUACUGCAAGCGAUGCAGGAACAAAAACAACAGUUGUUCCUAUUCGCCCACGCCAGCGAGGCAGGCCCCUUGCCUUGGCACCAGAUCCUGGUACUGCCACCCAAGCUCUAGUGCCAAUUACUAUGGACCGCCAGCUCCUAUCGCCGAGCCAACAAAGCUUGUCAUUGAAUGUUGACGACCUUCGACUUUAUCAUCACUAUAUUACUGUGACAUCACUAACCUUUGGGGAUGAUGCCAUGUGGCAUGACAAGAUCCCACUUCUGGCUUUCGACAAUCAAUUUAUCCUUCACCUGAUGCUUGCUGUUUCUGCUCUCCAUUUAGCGCGGCUUCAAGCCCUGGAAGCAACCAAGUAUGAGAAAUUGGCCGAGCACCAUCACUCCAAAGCUCUGUCUCAUGUCACCAAUCUUCUUCCUCAAAUCAAUCACCAAAAUUGCUCCGCAUUGUACAUUGCCACUGUGCUUAUUUGCAACUAUGCCUUUGCAAAGCCACCUAAAAAAGGCCACCUUCUUGUUCCGUUCGAUGGCACUGAAACCGCUUGGUGGAAUCUCUUCCGCGGCGUUCGCUUUGUCAUCGAGACUAUGGGUUUAACAGCCAUUUUCUCAGGUCCGAUUGGCCCCUUUCCACCGAAAGCUGCCUCAGCCAUGCCACCGCCCGUGGGUAGAGCUGGAUAUAUCGCUUGGGAAAAGCCUCUCGCCGACUUGAGAACGAUGAUUCACGACUCUCAAACCCCAAGGCUUCCAGAUCUAGUGGAACUUUAUGAGGCUCUCGUAUGUUGUUUUAGUGGUGUUUUUGGAACUGCUCAUGAGCCUCAAAACGUUACGCAUGGGAAAACGCACAUCGUCAUGCGGUGGGUAUGGUUCUUGGAAGAUGACUUUACAAAGCAGGUCGAGAAACUGAAUCCUCAGGUUCUAGUUUUACUAGCUUACUUCUCAGUACUGGUUCAGACGCUGGAAUGCUUUUGGUAUAUGAGAGGAUGGGGUUGGCGUAUUUUAGAAAGCAUCACGGAGCAGCUUGACCCAGACUAUGCAGCAUGGAUCACCUGGCCACGGGAUCAGUUGAAACCGGGUUGCCCAAAUGGUUUAUCUAGCUUGGACUGAUAUCCAUUUGAUCUUGGCGUUGAUUCUAUAUGAGAUGGUCAAGGUAUCGGCCUGGUCAGUUUCCUUCUAUAUUUAGACCACUUUGUUUAUUAGUAGCACCGACAGUUGGAUCCCACGCAGCGUUGCAAAGGAGCUGAGCCUGUACUGAUCUAUCCCAGGAUUCUCGGGACAUCUCCAUGUAUUGAGGAUAUCGCACCAUUGAUCAGCUAGUCGCAGUCGUGGUCAAAAACGCUCGUGUCAGAUCGUCAGGUAGAAACCCUGCAGCACAUUCAUUCUGCAAUCCGC